AUGGCUGAAACCUUGAGUGAUCAGAUGAUCGCUCAAAAGUUUGAAGAACAUCAGGUCGCCAUUGAAUCCAUAAAGGACAUGUUGGAGCGGCUUCUGAACAAAAAGAAGAAGAAGAAGGUCACGUGUACCCCAUGGAGGCCAGUGGAAGGCAAGGAAUGGGGACCUACUCCUAAUCAGAUGACUGAACGGGAAGAUAAUGCUGAAAUCCUGUCGGAUCACUUCUCGAAGUCAUCGACAGGAACGUCAUGCUCCAGGCAUAUCUACUACAUUAUAGCUCAGACCGAAUUCCUCACCGGGAACGACGUCAUCCUCACCCGGCUAUUCAUCGGCACCCUCAAAGGGGUAGCUUUCGAAUGGUUCUGCAAGUUAGAACCAGGCUCUAUCAAGUCAAGGGCCGACGCAGAAAGGCUCUUCCUCACCCGCUUCUUCGAUGAUGAUACCGAAGUGUCGAUGGCUGCACUCCUUGCUAAAAAGCAAAGGAAGUCGGAGUCAGUCAAUGACUUUGUAAAGAGAUUCAGGAAUCAGUUGGUCCAUUAUCGAGACCAAGUCUUUGAAACCAUACUGAUUGAGAUGUGCCGUAAUAACCUUUCAAUCCAUAUUCUGUCCAAGGUUGGCACAGUAGAGACCCGAACCUGGAAAGAACUCAUUCGCCAAGGCGAGCAGGUUGAGAAUAUGACCAAAAAGGGAGUUGCCAAACCGAGCGCACCAAAGAAUCCUCCUCGAACGAGAGGAAAGGAGAUCAUGGCCGUUGACUUCGCUCCGGUGCCCAAACCAGUUCAGAGGCCGAAACCUAGGCCGUUCGAACAACUUCCCCCGAGGCAAUACGACUUCAGGGAAGACCAAGUGGUAGAAACCCUUAACACGCUCCUCAAGAGCAAUAGGAUUAAGCUAUCGGAAGUAACUAAGCCCGAAGAGGCGAGAAAAACAAGUGAACCGAACUACUGUGCGUAUCACAGGUUCCUCGGCCACCAUACCUUCAAAUGCUAUAUCCUCAAGGACAAACUUCAAGCCCUGUACGAUGCGGGAGUUCUAAAAAAGGAGAAGGUGCAUAAACAGGUGACCACAAACAUGGUCACUCUGAGUUUUGGAAGGGAUCUCCUAGAGGUUCAAGCGCCGACGGGGAUAGUUCCUAUCCCUAAGGCAAUGCUGAAAAUCAUUAACGAUGAUCCUCAUAAUCAACGAGGAAAAGGUUUAGUAUCCCAAAUCUUACCAUCGGGGUAA